UGGUAUUGCAGAGUUCGGACAUUGACCGGCAAGGAAAUCGAGCUUGAUAUUGAACCUGACUACAAGGUAUCGAGAAUCAAGGAGCGCGUGGAAGAAAAAGAAGGAAUACCACCGGUCCAACAGCGCCUCAUCUAUGGUGGUAAACAAAUGGCUGAUGAAAAGACUGCGGAAGACUAUGGCCUAGAAGGCGGUAAUACCUUACACUUGGUUCUUGCCUUGAGAGGCGGUAGA